AUGGAUAAGGCUUUUAUGUUGUAUCAGGGAAUACAAAAAGUUGGGUUUUCUCCAAACAUCACCACGCACACAAUUCUUAUUAAUGAAUUAUUCAAGAAUAGCAAAGUACUAGAAGCCUAUAAACUUUUCAGGGAAAUGGAAUUGGAUCCUGAUAAGGUCGCUUACACCUCCAUGAUCAAUGGCUUAUGUAAAAAGGGAUAUGUGAGUGAGGCUUCCAAAUUGUUCGAGGAAGUUCCAGCAAAGGUGCGUUCUGUUGAUACCUAUAGUUGCCUAAUUGAUGGAUUUUGCAAGAAAGGGCCAAUAGACGAGGCCGAGAUGCUGUUAGGUGAAAUGCGAAAACAGAAUGUCUCUCCUGAUGUCAAAACUUUUAACAUAAUGAUUUAUGGAUACAAAAGACGUGGACAAUUGGAUCUAGCUUAUAAAAUGUUUAAUGAGAUGAUAGACGAAGCUAUCUUGCCGGAUGAUGUUAUCUACAAAACCCUAGGGCUGAGACAAUUGGAUAAAAACCAGAUGUCAAAUAAGAUGGAAUUUGCUAAGCCCAACCAAUAA